AUGUCGAAGCCAUCAAUUGCAGCUGAUGCCGUGUUAGUCAAGUCCGAGCCCGUGCCAGAUGAUUUUGUCGAAGUUAGUGGAAUUGAUUACACUAAAGAUUCGGCUUACAAUAUGCUGGCGCUGGAUCUCAUUUCCCUGAUGCGCAAUAUGGGAUUUCAGGCCCUGGCGUUAUCUCAGGCAUGCUCGAUCAUCGAUGAGAUGACUAGUUGGAAGGGGGUCCACCGUGACACGCUCGAGGAGCACAAACAGAAAGGAACCUUCGAUGAUGAGGGAUAUCAACGCACUACAAUUUUCAUGGGCUUCACCUCUAAUCUCAUUUCGCUGGGCUUGAGAGACACUUUGCGUUACCUUGUCCAGCACAAAAAGGUUCUGGCUAUCGUAGCUUCCGCUGGGGGUGUUGAAGAAGACUUGAUCAAAUGUUUAGCGCCUACGUACAUGGGCGAUUUCACUCUCCCCGGCAAAGGUCUUAGAGACAAAGGGAUGAAUAGAAUCGGGAAUUUGUUGGUUCCAAAUGACAACUACUGCAAAUUUGAAGAGUGGAUUGUCCCCAUCUUAGAUAAGUGCCUAGAAGAGCAACAAGAAGCUCUUCAGAAGUUGGGCAACGAUGCUCUUGACUACAACUCUGACGCUUGCUGGACCCCUUCAAAAUUAAUUGCUCGUCUCGGUAAGGAAAUUAACGAUGAGUCGUCGGUCUUGUAUUGGGCUUACAAAAAUGAUAUCCCCAUCUUUUGCCCUGCUUUGACAGAUGGGUCGAUCGGUGACAUGUUAUUCUUCCACACCUUCAAGGCGCUGCCCCACCAGUUGAGAUUGGACAUUGUUGCUGAUAUUCGUCGGAUUAAUUCUAUGAGUAUGGAUGCUUCGCAGGCGGGUAUGCUCAUUCUUGGUGGUGGUCUCAUCAAACACCACAUUUGCAACGCUUGCUUGAUGCGUAAUGGUGCCGACUAUGCCGUAUACAUCAACACGGGCCAAGAAUAUGACGGUUCGGAUGCCGGGGCUCGUCCUGAUGAAGCUGUUAGUUGGGGUAAAAUCAAGGCAGAUGCUAAACUGAUUAAGGUUUAUGCCGAAGCACUGCUUGUUUUACCGUUAAUCGUGGCUGCUACAUUUGCAAAAGAACGUCCCCUGAACUAA